CACUGGGGCUUCUUUACUGUGACUGUAACUGAAAUUACAUUACGCGCCAAUUUGACCAAGUUUAGUGUCAAAAAUUGAAUUUUAUUUGUUUUUGUUUCUUUAUGCGCUUAUUAUAAUCUGUCAUAAACUCGAGAGCGUUUAUUAAAUUUUGUGCAAUCUAAUAUUUUAUUUACAUACAUUGCGCACAGUAGUAGCUAAAUGGAGUCUGAUUCUGCCUCUGACGUUAGAGAGAAUGGAGUUACUUCGCCUAGGAGUAACAUUUUGAUGUCAAGUCCUGCUCGAGAUUUGCCAGCAUUUGAAGAUGAAUCUGAAAUAAUUGGUGGAGCUGGAGAAGAAGAUCAAGUCAUGGAAGAGGAUGGAGAAGAAUUGUUUGGUGACAACAUGGAAGCAGAUUAUAGAGCUAUUCCUGGACUUGAUCGUUAUGAUCCAGAGAUGCUGGAUGACUCUGAAUAUAGUAUGCUAUCUGAAGGAGACCGCCAUGCUGCUGAAGAAGAAAUGAGAAGAAGAGAUCGGACCGAAGGGCGUGCUGUUGGUCGUAUGCGGCGUGGUUUGCUCUAUGGUUCAGAGUCUGAAGAAGAGGAAGAGAGGCCUACUCGUCGAAGGCGAUUAGCGGAAAGAGCAGCUGAAGGUGCAGCCGCUGAUGAGGAGAUGAUAGAAAGUAUUGAAAAUUUGGAUGAUAUGCGUGGGCAUUCUGUGAAAGAAUGGGUUUCUCUACUGGGUCCUCGCACUGAGGUCUACAAUCGUUUUAAAAAUUUCUUAAGGACUUAUGUUGAUGAUAAUGGCCAUAAUUUGUAUAGAGAGAAGAUUAGGCAGAUGUGUGAAGAAAAUAGGCAAAGCUUUGAAGUUGAUUAUAAUUGUUUAGCUGCAGAAGAACAAGUUUUAGCUUAUUUCUUGCCCGAAGCCCCUACUGAAGUCUUAAAAAUUUUUGAUGAAGCUGCUAAAGAUGUUGUUUUUAGCAUGUAUAGUCAAUAUGAGAGAAUCACCAGUGAAAUUCAUGUACGCAUAACAGAUCUUCCCUUAAUGGAAAAUAUUAGAAGUUUAAGGCAGUUGCAUUUGAACCAGCUCAUUAGGACAUCUGGUGUGGUGACCUGUUCUACAGGUGUACUACCACAAUUAUCUCUCGUGAAAUAUGACUGUAUUAAAUGUAACUAUGUACUUGGACCUUUCGUUCAGACAUAUGAUAAUGAAGUCAAACCAGGAACUUGUCCAGAAUGUCAAAGCAAUGGACCAUUUCAAAUCAACAUGGAACAGACCAUCUACAAAAAUUAUCAAAGAAUCACUAUUCAAGAAAGUCCUGGGAAAGUUGAUGCCGGAAGGUUACCAAGAUCUAAAGAUACGAUUCUCCUUGGUGAUCUGUGCGAUUCUUGUAAACCAGGUGAUGAAAUUGAAGUAACAGGGACUUACUCCAAUUGUUAUGAUGGAUCACUAAAUACAGCCAAUGGUUUUCCUGUUUUUGCAACCGUUAUCAUAGCUAAUCAUGUUGCCAAAAAAGAUAAAAUUGUUUCACAAGGUUUGACUGAUGAUGACAUUAAGGCUAUAAUUGCUCUUUCCAAAGAUGAGCGAAUAGGAGAACGAAUAAUAGCAAGUAUUGCUCCCUCAAUUUAUGGACACGUGGAUGUAAAACGAGCAAUUGCCUUAUCUCUGUUUGGAGGAGAGGCUAAAAAUCCAGGUCAAAAACACAGAGUUCGAGGUGAUAUCAAUAUUUUGGUGUGUGGUGAUCCUGGUACAGCAAAAUCACAAUUUUUAAAAUACACUGAAAAGAUUGCUCCUCGGGCAGUUUUCACCACUGGACAAGGUGCUUCUGCUGUUGGUUUAACUGCCUAUGUGCAGAGAAGUCCUGUCACUAAGGAAUGGACGUUAGAAGCUGGGGCUUUAGUACUUGCUGAUAAAGGAGUUUGCAUUAUUGAUGAAUUUGAUAAGAUGAAUGAUGCUGACCGUACCAGCAUUCAUGAAGCUAUGGAACAACAAAGUAUAUCCAUUUCAAAAGCUGGUAUUGUAACUUCUUUGCAAGCUCGAUGUGCUGUAAUUGCUGCUGCAAAUCCUAUUGGAGGACGUUAUGACCCUUCCCUAACAUUUUCAGAAAAUGUUGAUCUGACUGAGCCUAUUUUAUCUCGAUUUGAUAUCUUAUGCAUUGUUAGGGACCAAGUUGAUCCACUUGAAGAUCGUCGAUUAGCAAAAUUUGUGAUUCAAAGUCAUGUUAAUCAUCAUCCAGAAAACGAAAGCUCUGGAAAAAGUAGUUUUCCUGAAAUGGAAGAUCCAUUAAUGGCUGGUAUUGAAAAAAUUGCUCAAGAUCUGUUAAGAAAAUACAUUAUUUAUGCUCGAGAAAAAGUCAAUCCUAAACUCCAUCAAAUGGAUCAAGAUAAAGUUGCAAAAUUGUAUAGCGAAUUAAGACGAGAAAGCAUGGCUACUGGUAGUGUACCUGUUACUGUACGACAUAUUGAGUCUAUGAUUAGAAUGGCCGAAGCUAAUGCACGUAUGCAUUUGAGAGAUUUUGUCCAUGAAGAUGAUGUAAAUAUGGCCAUAAGGGUCAUGUUGGAAAGUUUUGUUGAUACACAAAAAUUCAGUGUGAUGAAAUCAAUGAAGAAGACAUUCUCAAGGUACUUAACUUACAAGAGAGAUAACAAUGAAUUGCUGCUCUACAUACUGAAACAGUUGAUGCAAGAACAAUUUGCUUACAUGCGAAGUCGUUUCACAACAGAUAUUGAAACAGUAGAAAUUCCUGAAAAAGAACUGCAAGAUAAGGCUCGACAAAUUAACAUUCACAACUUGACACCUUUCUACAAAAGUGAAUUGUUUUCCUCUCAUAGCUUUGUGCAUAACAAGGAGCGAAAAGCAAUCAUUCAAAGGAUUAUAAGACAAGUGUAAAUUAAUGUGUGUUGAAUAUUUUGUGUUUAACGUUUUUUGUACAAUAAAAUGGUUUGAAUUUU